AUGUUGCUUUCCCUUCCCAAUGAGAUCCUGUGCCUGCUUCCCGACUUCAUCGACAACAUCGAGACCUUCACCAGCGCCGCUGCCACCUGUCGCCGGCUGCGAGAUGCCUUGAACGCCGCGCCACCACAGACAAUCCUGCGUUUGGCGGCCGCGUCAGCCCCCACGUUUUUCUCGCCUCAUCCCCAUUUCCUCGUCCUCGCAACAGCUCGCGCUGCCAGCAACUGGGCCCUGGGCGAUGCCGAGCGCGUCCGCGAGCUGCGUAGCGCUCUGCAGGGCGGGAUCGAUGGCUUCUACCAGUUCUGUCUGCACCGCUCUGGGUUGACGCUGGCCGAUAUCCGGCGCACCCACCUCGCUCGCUUUUCGAUCAUCAAUCCCCUGUCCGACAAAAUCGACAAGAUGGCCGGUCGGCAGUGGUACAGCACACCCGACUUCUGGGACGGCGGUGUCAGUGAGGCCUACACCAUUCAGACUGAGGCCGACCGCGCCACCUUCCAGCUGCUUAUCUACGGCGAAAUGUUCGCGAGCACGAUGGAGGCCUUUCUAGAGCCGGAAAGGGGACUCCCCUUCCAUGACCUGACCACUCGACUGACCUAUAUCACAUAUUGCCUCCCCGACUGGAGUUGUCGGAGCUACUCGGGGUUCGACGUGCUUCCCACCGGCCCGUACGCGGACGGAGACCCGCCUGAAGGUGACCAGGUAGCAUUCCAUCAUAUCCUGUCAUGCUGGAGGUGGGAGUGCCUGUGGGGGGAUGCCAUCCGGAGUCUCCUUUUUGAGAACCCGGCCUCGUUUCCACAACGCGGGCGCAACGAGGAGGAGCACGAGUGGCAGAAGCUCCUGCGUGAUGCGCUUCAGGUGCAAGGCCUCGAAGGGAUGCAGUUGGUCACUUUACCCAAGGAGCAGAUCUCUCCUGCUGUCCUGGAGAGGGCCAUGGCUAUCAAGGCGAGAGUUCGUCAAAUACCGUGCCCACCAGCCGUCACGACCUUUGGGAGGCGAAGGAUUCUCACUGUGUCCAGCGAUGCUCCUGAUCCUGCACGCGAGGUGCGAGUAUGUUGUGCGUUCCACUGGGGAAUGGGACGUGUAUAA